AUGGAGAGCCAUAAGAAGUCACCGCUGAGGGUGCGGAUGCGGGUGACGGCGAAGAAGCGUGGACGGGAACUUAACACCUGUGGCGGCUCCUCCAGCAGGAAGCGUCGGGAUCGUGACUGCUGCAACAAUUCUGUGCGAAAGCUCCAGCGGCGCGAGAUCGGCGGCUUCCCCAAGAUCAUUCGAGGGACUUCUUCCAAUGCCCCCGAGAAAUUUCGCAACAUUCAACUCCAGGUCUUGUUGCCUAUCUACUCUUGCCAUCUCUACGCGUUUCUUUAUGGGAAUCGGGGCACUGGCAUUGCUGCUUCAGGUGCCAUUUAUUUAUUUUGUUUUUUUUUCAUCGUUCAUAUCAGCGCACCCGACAAUAGUCUUUGUGCUCAAGUAGCAGGCUCUGCGUUGCACAAACCUCCCUCUUGAGUCUAUGGAAAAAAAUUUAGUGUGCUGCAAUACAAUCUGCACCCGAAAUGUCCAAUUGAUGGUAUAAUUAGUUCUACAAAAUGUCUGUUCAACAGCAUCUCACAACGUACCAGGGAAAUGUUUAGAGGAAGAAAAAAUGGCUUAAAUAUGUAGAACGUUAUUUCUGAUGGGAGCUUAGAGAUCAAGUCAGCACCUUACUCAUCAAACGCUGGGAUGGCGGAAUAUCGUUCAGAAGAUCGAUUUAUAAACAACAUAGAAAUUAAAUGGUCAGGGUUAUACCGGGGGUAUCUCACUCUCUCUGAAUGAUUUCCCAGUACCGCACCAGGUAACACUUUACAUUUGGAAGACAAUGAAAGAAAAACUCUCCUGGUUUGAAUUAGCUGGCCAAAUUAAUUAAUGUUAUAAGCUAAACGAUUUUUCAGAGAAAUGUGGUUCAAAAAAUGAAUUGGAAGAUGUUCUCUAAUCAAAGAUGCACUAUUUUAUGAGAUCGUGAUCCUGUAAGAACGCCGCAUGCAGAAAACCAUACAUGUGGUCGGAAAGGUUGCCAAUGCGAAUGGACAAGGUGUCUGUGAUUUCUUUGGACUAUAUCAGAAGGAUAGUACUUUAUAGGAUAGCCACAAGUGGAAGGACAGUUGAAAUUUGAUGUAUGAAAACUGACUGAUUUGAGAAUAUAGGAAAACUGCAAGAGGAUACUUUGGAAAUAUACAAGUGAUGGCCCGAGUCUGUUUAGGAGGUAGUGAAAAACCAUGCCAAUAAUAGAAUGACGGUAGGAAUAGCGAAAUACAAAUUAAGUUUUGGGAUGAAAUGCUGAAUGUUUUCCAAGUGAUUUGAUUAUCAAUGUCAUUUCAAACAACUGCUGAGGCCUGACGAGUUGGGAAUGAGUAAACUGAACACAAAGUGAUUUUUGAAAAACAGCAUGGCAUGCUAAAACGUGCCAAGUAUGUAUGGUUUGAACUGAUAACCCAUCAACGUUUCGGGGAUGAUAAUUACUGCCAAACGUUAAUAAUCUACUAAGAUAAAUGGGGAUGAAUUUGAAUUUUUGUUGCUGGUUGAUGUGGGAUGAGGAUCACUUCUACAACUUGUGCAGUUGGAAGGUUUUAAUUUGUAGCAAAAUAAUAUAUGUGAUUUUAUGUAUUGAUAAACACACUAUAGUUACAUAGUGAUCCAAUUUGAUGAUUGUAGGAGGAAACGUACGGACAAUGGCUGUUUAUAUGUGUCAGAUGAUUUGGACGUCUCAUGACUGAUUCUUUCUACUUGUUAAUUUUCAUUUACGUCAUAACCUUCAACAAUUAUCCCAAAAAUGGUUCCACCACGAACCUUCAUGACUCCUUUUUUUGAGGCUAUUCGUGGUCACACUUUGACGUUUAACCUUUGUCAUCAUGAUUAUUUCGUGGUUUUGACCGCUAUCAAGCUGGCAUUUGAUAAGAGUGUGUGGCAAUACUAAUGAUUCUUUUGAUCUCUUGUUCAUUGUUAUGAAUGCUUGCCCUGUAAACUUAUCUACCUUUUAUCUUUGUGAUUUUCUGGUACCGUAGUGGUUGUUUUGACAUUCUUCAUCAUUUGACCAUAAUUUUUUUUCAUUUUGCCUUAUGCAGGAAGAGUUUGAUACUUAUGAUCCCAAUGCUCAUUGGUUCUUAAGACUUCAGUUUCUUAAAAAGAGAUCUAGGAUUAUCGAAAUAGUUUCAGCAAAGGAUGUAAUUUUUGCUCUGGCGCAAUCUGGGUUGUGUGCUGCUUUUAGCCGGGGUAAGAGUUUGCUUUUUGGAUGGCAUCAUGACUUCGAGAUGAGGUUUUUUGCCUUGUUUGGUGCUUAUUUUCUUCAUGUUUGGUGUUCACAGCUACAAACAGACGUAUAUGUUUCUUGAACAUAAGCCCAGAUGAAGUUAUAAGGAGUCUCUUCUACAACAAGAACAACGAAUCAUUGAUCACCGUGUCAGUUUAUGCAUCGGAUCACUUUAGCUCCUUGAAGUGCCGGACUACUCCAAUAGAGUGAGUGGCUUGAUUUUAUGCCAUCAGAAUGACAGAUUGGCCAUUUUUUGUAGAGUUUUUACCUUCCUCUGCAUCUGUUUACAUUUCUUUGUUUUUUUUUUCUCUGCUAUAUAGCGCCUGUGUUUCUUAAGAUUUCAGAUCCACUGAAAGAGAGUAUUUCUAAUGUCUUAAAAUCAAGGAACUCAGUUACAGGAAAUUUAGAAUAGGCCCUGCCGAUCUCUUAACAAGCUGUAAUGCGAUUUAUUUUGUAAAUAAAUAAAUAAAUAAAUGCAGCUUUGGCUUAUAGUAAGAAAGUCCAGGCGCUUCCUGGCGAGCUGAAAAUUUUCCUUAAUCAGGAAGUCAUCACUGUUGACACUUUAUAAUACCCUUCAUUAGCAGCUUCCUUGGCUGAUAAACAUCUCUACUCGUGAAUGGUAAAAUGCUGCCUUUUCAAUGCCACCCCCGAUGUUCUUGUUAAUAUCCCAAGGCCAAACCAUAAUAGUUGACUCUGCACGUCCAUGAACCAUGGGAGAACGUUUUUACUAGUUGACAUAUGUGCAUUACUGAAUCGGUAAACCAAUGGGAAUGGUGGGCAAUCUUCAAUCUGCCUCGUUGAACCCCUGUUGACAUCAUCUUCUGUGUGGUUUUGCCGUCGAUGGCAGGUACAUCAGGAGAAAUCAGCUGGACGCUGGGUUUCCUCUCUUCGAGACCGAGUCGCUGAAGUGGCCCGGUUUCGUCGAGUUUGAUGACGUCAACGGAAAAGUGCUAACGUACUCCGCUCAGGAUGGGUAAGCGCAUCCCCUCUUCGGAGCUCCAAUCUGUGACUUCACCUGAACUCUGAAAUUAUCUUGACUUUUUACUCGAACCCACACAGGAUCUACAAGGUCUUUGAUCUGAAGAACUACUCCUUUCUGUACUCGAUAUCCGAUAAGAAUGUGCAGGAGAUAAAGAUCAGGUUCGGCUCAAGCCCCAGACUUGCCGAUUUCUUGGCUCGUCUUUUUCGAGUAAUUUUGGUGUUUGUGUUGGGAGCGCGUGGCUGAACUGAGGUUUGGUGAUCACAGUCCAGGUAUUAUGCUGUUGAUAUUCCACCGAGCUCCUGGUUAUGUUCCUCUGGAGAUCCUCUCCAUUGAGGAUGGGACCGUGUUGAAAUCGUUCAACCACUUGCUCCACCGCAACAAGAAGAUUGACUUCAUCGAGCAGUUCAACGAGAAGCUCUUGGUCAAGCAGGAAAACGAGAACCUGCAGAUCCUGGAUGUACGUGAAUCUAUUUCCAAUCUCUCAAUAUGAUUCUCUCUUGGUGAAAUAUUAGUGAUGCCCACGCCAUUUGCCAACCGUGCAGGUGAGGAACUCUAAGUCGACCGAGGUCAGCCGGACGGAGUUCAUGACCCCUUCGGCCUUCAUCUUCCUCUACGAGAACCACCUCUUCCUGACCUUCAGGAAUAGAACCGUCGCCGUCUGGAACUUCAAGGGGGAGCUCGUCACCUCCUUCGAGGACCACCUGCUAUGGCACCCGGACUGCAACACCAACAACAUCUACAUCACCAGCGACCAGGACUUGAUAAUCUCCUACUGCAAGGCCGAAGAGGGAUGCGAAGACGACGGAGAGGGUAUAUCUCAUUACCUCUCUCUCUCUCUCUCUCUCUCUCUCUCUCUCUCUAGGGGGGAAAUGAUAUAAAGGGUGUGCUUUGUGUUCUGAUGUGUGUUGGGCAGGUUUGCAAGUGGGAUCGAUCAACAUGAGCAACAUACUGACGGGGAAAUGCAUCGCGAAGAUAUGCUCGAAUGAUUCUGGGCUGCAGAUCAGCCCGAGGAGCCGACAGGCGGGGGGGCGGUCGUACGUCCGGAGCAGCGUGCGGGAAGCGCUGGAGGACGUCACGGCCCUCUUCUACGACGAAGACAGGAACGAGAUCUACACCGGCAACAAGCAAGGCCUGAUCCACGUCUGGUCCAAUUGA